CGGUAUUUAAUACUCUCACCUUCUCUCCUUUAUUGAUAACAGAGAGCUUUUGAUCUUUAGCUGAUUUUAGGAGGGAAAAUUGACUGUUGAACUUCCAAAAUCCCCAAUUCCAGAUUGCCAGAAAUUAAUUACCAUACACUUUUUUUACUUCUUCCCUCUCUCUCAGAAUUCACCACAGGAAUCCAUUGUUUCGACAGGGCUAGACGAGGAGAUUUGGAGAGGAAGAAGACAAUGUUUGCGGCAGAAAACGGACUGAAAGGAGACCCCAGACUUAAAGGCAUAUCGGAAGCCAUUAGGGUUGUUCCGCACUUCCCUAAACCAGGAAUAAUGUUUCAAGACAUCACGACGUUGUUGCUUAAUCAUAAGGCGUUUAAAGACACGGUCGACAUUUUUGUUGAUCGCUACAGAGAUAUGGACAUUUCUGUCGUUGCCGGAGUGGAAGCUCGAGGUUUUAUGUUUGGUCCAUCAAUUGCACUGGCUUUAGGUGCGAAGUUUGUUCCUUUACGGAAACCUAGAAAGUUGCCAGGGGAGGUUAUUUCUGAAGAAUACGUGCUGGAAUAUGGAACUGAUUGUUUAGAGAUGCAUGUGGGUGCUGUUAAACCCGGGGACCGUGCAUUGAUAAUUGAUGAUUUGGUAGCUACUGGCGGGACUCUCUCAGCAGCAAUAAGGCUUUUGGAACGCAUGGAGGCUGAAGUCGUGGAAUGUGCUUGUGUUAUUGGGCUGCCUGAGGUCAAGGGACAACGCAGGCUUAAUGGGAAACCACUUUAUAUUCUUGUUGAGCCUCGGGAAGUAAACAACUGUUGUUAAGGUUCAUGUUAUUUCAAAAUAUGCUUGGGCUGACUUGCAGAAAAAAGAUGAUGCUCGGGCAUGUUGUUCUCUGCUAUAGUUUUUCUUUGAGAGAUUUGUAAUCUUUUAGUUGGAGGGGUUAGAAGGGUAAAUUAGAUUUUGGACAAAGCAAGAGUUAUGAUGAAUUGAAAAGAUUCUUAGUUAUUGAUGAUAUUUUGCUUCUAA